AGGUGAUUGGACUUCACGCUCCAAAAAGUACGGUAACCCUCUGCCACCCACUCCCUUCCUCCUUCCCCUUUUUAACUUCCAUUUUCACCGGAGCUUUCUCUCUCUCCGCCAUGAAAACCAACCCAUCAUCUCCUCAUCCUUCUUAAAAUAGGGUUUUUUGCACUCAUGAAAACUCCCAAAACCCUCUUCUUCUACACCAUUACCAUUGCAGUACACCUCACAAAACGACCUUUCUCCUUCCGAUCAAUCUCUUGAUCUUCUUCACCUAUAUAUCACAAUCAUAUCCUCCCCCUACAGUACUAUAGCAAGCUCAUAGUAUAGGGUUUAAUACCCUUUUGCAUUUUGUAAUCUAUAUCUUUUAGGUCAUUUCAACUCUUACGAAAUCAUGUCGCAUUCGUUCUUCUCCGAUUCUUACGCAGAGAUGGCUGCGAAAUCCGUACGUGGUCGACCUAACUAUGUUCCACCACACCAGAGAAACAACUACAAUGCAGAUGAAACCACCAGGUACGGUUAUCAAACCGGAAACAAUGGUAGCGGCCGCGGCCGUGGCCGCGGUGGGGGUAGUAGAGGCGGUGGUCGUGGUUUCGUACGCGGCUACUCUGUGGUCGAUAAAGAGUUCCAUGACCCUAACAAACAUGCGAGAACUCAUAACCAGUACGAUAAUCUCACCGAAAAGUUUAAUGAACUUGAAGUUUCUGAAACGGAAAACAAGAGUAUGGCGAUCAAUUUCGAUGCAUAUGAAGAUAUACCCGUUGAGAUUACCGGGUCCGAUGUACCCAAACCAGUGAACACGUUUGCAGAUAUCGAUUUAGGUGACUCCUUGAACGAUAACAUUAAGAACAGGUGUAAGUACGUGAAGCCGACGCCGAUUCAGCGCCAUGCCAUACCUGUAGCUUUGGCCGGACGAGAUUUAAUGGCGUGUGCACAGACCGGGUCGGGGAAAACGGCGGCGUUUUGCUUUCCGAUCAUCUGCGGCGUUCUGAAAAUACAGUCGCCGGUGCCGUACGGACGCAGGGAGAUGGUGUCGUACCCACUCGCUCUUAUUUUGUCUCCGACCAGGGAACUCUGUUGUCAGAUUUUCGAAGAAGCUAAGAAAUUCUGCCAUCAAACUGGUGUCAAAGUUGCUGUUGCUUAUGGAGGUGCGCCGAUUCAACACCAGUUACGUUCCUUUGAAAAGGGUGUGGAUAUACUAGUGGCGACUCCUGGACGUUUAACUGACAUGAUCGAAAGAUCAAGAGUGUCGCUCAAAAAGAUCAAACAUCUGGCGUUAGAUGAAGCCGAUCGAAUGUUGGAUAUGGGAUUUGAACCCCAAAUCAGAAAGAUCGUUGAGUGUUUGGAUAUGCCUCCUCCUGGUCAAAGACAAACAAUGCUUUUCAGCGCGACAUUCCCCUCUGAAAUUCAGAGGCUUGCGUCUGAUUUUCUCUCAAACUACAUAUUUCUUUCGGUGGGAAGAGUCGGUUCUAGCACCGAUUUGAUCGUUCAAAAAGUCGUAUUUGUCGAGGAUGAGGAAAAACGCGAGUAUUUAAGAAAUGUUCUUCAUGAUCAGAAAGCUAAUGGAAACCUAGGAAAGAAUGCAUUGAUUGUGAUUUUUGUGGAGACGAAACGGGCUGCAGAUACUUUGGAAAACUGGCUUUGCCGGAUUGGUUUUCCGGCGACUGCCAUACAUGGCGAUAAAGUUCAAUUUGUGAGACUUUCUUAUUUUCUCAUUUAUUUCAAGAUUAACAACUUAGUUUUAUUUAUUUAUGUAAUUAGAUGA